GUCAGUCAGUAAUCAACCUCGCCGGAGAUAACUGCUCGGCGUCUUUCUCCUUAGGAUUCGCACCGCGACGCCCCGUGAUAUUAAGAUGGUGAACGAAUCCAAUUAACCGAAAAAUCCACUACGGAUGCGGAGAUCGAUUACAAUCGCGAAAACGUUUCUUCACCAUCACCGUCAUCUCCUGGAGAAAGGUAACCCCGUAACUGCUCUCUCAUAUAUUAGCGGUCUCCGAGCAUUUUCUCGCGUCAACGACUACCGAGAGAGAUUGAGAAGAAGCGAGCUCCGCUCAAUCAAACUACACGACGCAGUCGAUUUGUUCUACGACAUGGCCGAGUCUCGUCCCCUCCCUUCCAUCAUCGAUUUCAGUAGAGUACUAACCGCCAUCGCCAAGAUGAACGAGCACGGUCUCGUAAUCUAUCUCUUCACUCUGGUCGAUAACUUAGGAAUCACACCUGAUCUCUACAGCUUCAGUAUCUUGAUAGACUGUUUAUGCAGAUGCUCUCAGCUCUCCGCCGCUCUAUCUUUCCUCGGAAAGAUGAUGAAGCUUGGUUAUAACCCCAGCGUCGUCACGCUCGGAUCACUGGUUAACGGAUUCUGUAAGGUGAAUAGGAUCCACGAUGCUAUGUCUCUUGUUGAUCAGAUGGUGGAGUUGGAUUACGAACCCAACGCUGUAAUCUACAACAUGAUCAUCGAUGGUCUUUGCGAGAACCGGUGUUUGACUGCUGCCAUUGACGUUUUGAUACAUAUGGAGAACGUUGGAGUUAGGCCUGAUGCUGUUACGUAUAACUCACUUAUCACCGGUCUUUUUAGCUCUGGUGUUUGGGGUGUCUCCGCUAGAUUACUUAGUGACAUGAUGAAGAAAGGGAUCGAGCCGGAUGUGGUCACUUUCAGUGCUUUGAUCGAUGCGUAUGUGAAAGAGGGGCGGAUUUUAGAGGCUGAGGAAGUGUAUAAGGAGAUGAUUCGGAGAUCAGUAGAUCCCAAUAUUGUUACUUACAAUUCGUUGAUCAAUGGGCUUUGUAUUCACGGUCGUCUAGAUGAGGCGAAAAACACGUUUAGGCUUAUGGUGAGGAAAGGUUGCGUCCCGAAUCUUGUGACUUAUAAUACUCUCAUAAAUGGGUUUUGCAAGUUUAGGAGGGUAGAUGAUGGGAUGAGAAUCUUCUGUACGAUGGUGCGUGAUGGAAUUGUCGGUGAUAUAUUCACUUACAACACUCUCUAUCAGGGCUAUUGUCGAGUGGGGAGAUUCAGAGCUGCUGACAAGGUUCUAUGUCGGAUGGUUUCUUGCGGCGUGCGUCCCGAUAUUUUCACCUACAACAUUUUGUUAGACUGUUUAUGUGAGCAUUGGAAGGUAAAAAGGGCGUUGGUGAUAUUGGAGGAUAUGGAAAAGAGUGAGAUGGGUAUUGGUAUUAUUACGUAUAAUAUUAUCAUCAAAGGGAUGUGCAAGGCGGGUAAGGUGGAAGAGGCGUGGUGUUUAUACUGCAAUCUCGAUCUCAAAGGAGUAUUGCCUGAUGUUGUAACGUACAUGACGAUGAUGAUAGGAUUGCGGAGGAAAAGACUAUGGCGCGAAGCGCAUGAGCUGUAUAGAAAAAUGAUGAUAGAUGGGCUUAUGCCAACUGAUUGGAGGUAUAAAAGAAGUAAUUAGGAUAGACCAUAGAGAUUAGGAGUGGUUAAGUUGUUUUCUUAAGUCUCCACAAGUGCGUCUGACUAUGAGUUAGGCUGUUGUAUGAUGGAAAGCAAACUGUAAGUUAGGCAUGAACGAUGUAAUGGUAGACUAGGGGGUCACACACUCACAUUCACACACUCAAGCAUUAGAUGUUGCAGGUGUAGUUUAUUUACAUCCACAUAAGCUCAUUUGUGUUGUACAAAACAAGGGAAUAUCAUUUUUUUAAUUACACUUUGUGUUGUAACAUUUCA